AUGGAUACCUCGACGCCUUUCCCUCCCGUAGCCCCCUCCCCGGCCUGCAACCCAGCCCCACGGACGAUCCAGAUCGAGUUCCCUCAGCAUAGCUCGUUACUCCUGGAGGCCCUGAACCGCCACAGGCUGGAGGGAAAGUUCUGUGAUGUGUCCCUCCUGGUGCAGGGCCGCGAACUUAGGGCCCACAAAGCGGUGUUGGCUGCCGCCUCUCCUUACUUCCACGACAAACUUCUUCUGGGGGAUGCACCACGUCUCACCUUGCCCAGCGUCAUCGAAGCCGACGCCUUCGAGGGGCUGCUCCAGCUCAUUUAUUCCGGGCACCUCCGUCUGCCACUGGAUGCUCUCCCUGCCCACCUCCUUGUGGCCAGUGGUCUCCAGAUGUGGCAAGUGGUAGAUCAGUGCUCAGAGAUCCUUAGAGAACUAGAAAACUCAGGUGGUGGGAUUUCAACUCGGGGAGCGACCCCUUUCCACACACUUCUUUCCACCACAUCCUCUCCAGGAGGCUGGUGCAUCCGCUCUUCCCCUUUCCAGACCCCUUUCCAGACUGUGGCGCAGUCUUCCGCUUCUACCCAGAGCCCCGUUGGAGGGGAGGGGAGUGAACUGGGAGAUAUGUUACAGCUUCAAGUUGAAGAAGAGGAGGAGGAGGAGGAGGAGGAAGAAGAUGAUGAGGAGGACCAGGGGUCAACAGCACCCUCUCAGACUCCUCAGCCUCAGAGAGGGUCAGGGGGUUUUCCCUGCUCUCCUGCAUCCCACGCCCUGCCCACAUCCACUACUCCUUGCAGGCUUCCAGAGAGCGAGAGUGCUCCACCUGAGCCUCCUGCCCCUCAUACUGUACUGCCUCCCAAAAUCUUCUACAUUAAGCAGGAACCCUUUGAGCCCAAGGAGGAGCUAUCAGGAGGCGGAACUCAGUCUGGAGGAACAAAGGAGGAGACCAAAGUGUUUCCAGGAGGGAACACUGAAGAGAAUGGAGAGCUAGGGUUCUUGCUGCCCUCAGGAGCAGGGCAGACAUCUGGAGGAGGUGGUCCAUCCUGGAAACCAGUGGAUCUUCAUGGGAAUGAAAUCCUGUCAGGGGGUGGGGGACCUGGGGGAGCAGGGCAAGCUGUGCAUGGACCUGUGAAGCUAGGCGGGGCACCCCCUGCAGAUGGAAAACGCUUUGGUUGUUUGUGUGGGAAGCGGUUUGCAGUGAAGCCAAAGCGUGACCGGCACAUCAUGCUGACCUUCAGCCUUCGGCCCUUUGGCUGUGGCAUCUGUAACAAGCGCUUCAAGCUGAAGCACCAUCUAACAGAGCAUAUGAAGACCCACGCUGGAGCCCUGCAUGCCUGUCCUCACUGUGGCCGCCGGUUCCGAGUCCAUGCCUGUUUCCUUCGCCACCGGGACCUGUGCAAGGGCCAGGGCUGGGCCACUGCUCACUGGACUUAUAAGUGA